AUGCCUUCCUCUGUCAUCUUCACAGUCCCUCGCGUCCUCUUCGGCGCUUGUCUCCUCCGCCUCAUCUUGCUCGUCUACGGAGGCUGGCAGGAUGCCAAUUCCGCCGUCAAAUAUACUGAUAUCGACUACAUGGUCUUCACCGAUGCAUCGCGCUACGUUGCAAAUGGUGACUCUCCCUACGCGCGGGAUACUUAUCGAUACACCCCCCUCCUCGCGUGGAUGCUUGUCCCAACUGCCUGGCAACUCCCACCCCCCUGGUCCGCGGUUUCGUUUGCCUAUGGCAAGGUCCUUUUCGCUUCCGCCGAUGUUCUUGCUGGGUGGUUUGUGCUUCAACUCUUGCGCCGUGUGUAUCGCAUGUCUACCAUCAAGGCGCUGAAAUACGUCUCCGCUGUCUGGCUGUGGAAUCCCAUGGUCGCGAAUAUCAGUACCCGCGGUAGUUCCGAGGGUUUGCUGGGUGUGUUCGUUGCGGCUCUUUUGUGGGCGACUCUUACAAAACGACCCAUCACGGCCGGUGCUAUUCUUGGUCUUGCGGUGCAUUUCAAGAUUUAUCCUUUCAUUUAUGGAGCUUCUAUUCUUUGGUGGUGGGAUGCGCAGCGAGAUGGUAAGCCGGCUACGAAGUCGGAUGCUGAUCCCUUCACUCGAGCUAUGGAGUUCGUGACGCAUUCCAGAGUUCGAUUUACACUUUCGGCGUUGGCGACCUUUGUCGCUCUCAAUGGUGUUAUGUAUCUCCGGUACGGAAUGCCAUUUCUUCAACACACUUUCUUCCAUCACCUCACUCGCAUUGAUCAUCGUCAUAAUUUUUCGCCUUACGCUACCCUGCUGUACCUUACUUCGACUGGGGCGGCGGGUUUCCACUUUGAAUCUUUGGCGUUCUUGCCUCAGCUGAUCCUUUCUGUUGUUGCUUUGCCAUUGGCUUUGGCGAAGAAGAAUCUCGCUACUGCUAUGCUUGCUCAGACUUUUGCUUUCGUUACUUUUAACAAGGUCUGCACUAGUCAGUACUUCAUCUGGUACCUGAUCCUAUUGCCAUUCUAUCUCCCCACCUCAUCACUCAUGCGUAAGCCGACGCUGGGUAUAUCGGCUGCCGUCCUUUGGGUCGUGGGACAGGCUCUUUGGUUAUGGCAAGGCUUUAAUCUCGAAUUCCUCGGCCUCUCAUCGUUUGUUCCUGGCCUCUUCCUAGCAUCUUUGGUCUUCUUCGCUAUCAACAUCUGGAUCCUUGGCAUGAUUGUGCACGAUGCUGGUUUCAAUGGCGAUCCAAUCGCCCUGGCUAGAAAGGUUCACUGGGAAAAUUGA